UUAAUAAAAGUAUUUGUUGAUAUUGUGAGGUUAAGCGGUGAAAAGUCGUGGGUAAUAAAAACAUUUUUUAUUUAAAGUCUUAUUGCUAUCAUGUUUCUAAACAAAAUUAUAAGUUCUCGGACUUUAAACUUAUCCAGUUUAAUUAUAGUUAGAAGUUUUAAAAGUGAAUAUUCUUUAGAUCAAAUAUAUCCUGAGAGUUCAUUGAAUUUGUCCAAACCUAAGGAAAUCAAAAGCAUUGCUGGAAAAUUUUCUGGUUUUAUCCCAUUAGAUAAAUUACAAAUAACUUAUUCAAAAAGUACUGGCCCUGGUGGACAAAACGUCAAUAAAGUUAACACAAAAGUAGAAGUGCGUUUUCAUGUUGCCACAGCUUCUUGGAUACCAGAUCUAGCCAGAGAAAACUUAUUAAAAUUACAUCACAAUCAAAUCACAAAAGAUGGUUUCAUGAUUUUAAGAUCAGAUAAAACUAGACUUCAGACCUUGAAUCUUGCAGAUUGUAUGGAUAAAUUAAGAUGCUAUAUCAGAGAAGCUGAGAAACCACCUCCAGAAAUACUACCUGAAACUUUAGCUUUGCAGAAGAAAAGGCAGGAAAAAGCAGCUGCACAAAGAUUAAGAGAAAAGAGACAUAGCCAGUCAAUAAGGAGGUUAAAGAAUGAAGGAAUUGACAAUGUUCAGAUGUAACUUUUUGUGUCAUUUUAGUUAAAUAAAUUUUAAAAAUAAA